GCCAGUCCAUGCAGGACGAUCGCCAACGCAAUAUGUAGAGAGAGAAAGAGACAGUGUGUGUCCGUGUGUCUGUUUUGCUGCACUCCGUUUUUAUACUUCGUCCGUUCUGUUUAUUCUGUGCCAGAGCGUACACACACGUACACAAAGGUGUGCGCGCAGCUUGUUCCGUUGUAAUACUUUCGAUCCCUCGCAUACUCGAUUUUCUUUUCUCUCGCUUUGCUCAAAAAUCGAUAAUAACAACAUCUCGCUCCGUCAUUAUUAUCAUCAAUUUUUUCUCGCGAUCAGUGAUUGCACUCGAGCGACGAACGACAUUCUCUGCUGCUGCUACUGCUGCUGCUGCUGACUGCAUUUUUUGCAGUGCAGGAAGCGGCCCCUGCGAGUGUCUGUAUGCAACGAGAGUGCCAUAGUGCAGCAGCAGUAUAAUAUAGUGCAGCGUUAUAAGCGCGUCUUGCGUGCCUCUGCGUAUAUAUAAGUUCGUGUGUGCGUGUAAAAGUGUGUGCGCGUGUGAGUCCGUGCGAUCGCGUGUACAGCGUACCUGUCUGCGUGCCUUGCGUAUACACACGUAUACAUAAUAGAUAUACACACGCCGCCGUGUAUUGCACGAGCACUGCACUGCACUGCGCGUAUAUUUUCACUUGUAUACGCAUCAAAGACAUACACGCGUCAGGCAGAAGCUGACAGAAGGCCGGAGAUGAUAAUCAAGAAUCAAGGACUCGCGGAACGACUCAAAUGAUAAACUAGACAUGAUACUUUAGCACAAAGUGUCACGGAAAAAAUGAUGAUCAAAACGUUCAAAAUGCAAUCGACAUUCGCUGCAUCGAGCGCUUUGUCGCUGUUGCUCCUACUUUUGGUAGGCUGCACGCAAGCACUCGAGGGGCCCAACAUUUGCACGAGACAAGAACCGUACACGGUAACGGUGACGGUGUCCGAGCAGAAGCCAUACACCGAGAGGACCAAGAGCUUUUGCUGGAGCUUUCCGCCGACUUGCUCCAAGUACAAGAUAGUUUUUAAAACGGUGUACAAAACUGAGACCAUAACGAAGCAGAGGCCGGUCGAGGAGUGCUGCAAGGGCUACACGAAGACGAACGUCGGCGACAGAUGCGUGGCCGUAUGCUCGGAGCCCUGCGUCCACGGCACUUGCGCCGCUCCGGACGUCUGCAAGUGCGAGGCUGGCUACGGCGGUCCCACCUGUGACAUCAAGUGCCCAAUCGGCAAGUGGGGCGAGAAGUGCCAGGAGGACUGCCGCUGCGCCAACGGGGCCGGCUGCGAUCCCUUCGACGGCCGCUGCUCGUGCACGCGCGGCUGGACCGGCGAGUUCUGCGAGGACGCCUGCCCGUCCAACAGCUACGGCCUGGACUGCGCCGAGGAGUGUCGCUGCCUCAACGGCGGCAGCUGCCAUCACAUAAGCGGCGAGUGCCACUGCGCGCCCGGCUACACUGGACCGCUGUGCGGCGAACUCUGCCCAGCGGGUAAGCACGGCGACGACUGCAAAUCCGAGUGCCGCUGUCAAAACGGCGGCUCCUGCAGCCCGACUACCGGCGAGUGCUUCUGCACACCGGGAUGGACGGGCUCGGUUUGCGGCAACAGAUGCCCCGAGGGAUUCUGGGGCAAAAACUGUAGCGUGCCCUGCGAGUGCUACAACGGGGCCGGCUGCGAUCACAUAAGCGGCGAGUGCCUCUGCAAGCCCGGCUUCGUCGGCGACAAGUGCCUCAAGAGCUGUCCCAGCGGCACCUGGGGCCUGGACUGCAAGCAGAACUGCACGUGCUCCAGCGGCGCCACCUCCUGCUCGAACGUCGACGGCGCCUGCCUCUGCGGUCCCGGCUGGCAGGGGCCGCGCUGCGAGCAGCGCAUCUGCCCGGCGGGCCUCUACGGGCCCGACUGCACCAAGGUCUGCGAGUGCGAGGAGCCCAACACCGAGCUAUGCCACCCCUGGACCGGUGACUGCACCUGCAAGGCUGGCUGGGCCGGCAAGACCUGCGCCAGGACCUGUCCGAUCUACACGUACGGCCAGGACUGCCAGAAUCGCUGCGCCUGUCAGAACAACGCUCAGUGCUCGCCCGUGAACGGCAGCUGCAUCUGCGCGGCCGGCUACAGAGGCGAGUUCUGCCAGGACUCGUGUCCGGCCAACACCUUCGGCGAGGACUGCGCCCAGAAGUGCAUCUGCUUGAACGGCGGCAAGUGCUCGCCCGAGGACGGCAAAUGCAACUGCACGGCAGGCUGGGACGGUGUGCAAUGUGAAAAACCUUGCCCCGUAGGAUAUCACGGGGUAGGCUGCAUCGAAAAAUGCAAAUGCCUCAAUAACGCGUCUUGCAAUUCGCAAACGGGAAAAUGCAGCUGCCCACCCGGCUUCACGGGCGAGAUGUGCGAGACGCGCUGCGAGAAAGGAAAGUUCGGCUACGACUGCUCGCAGGUCUGCGAUUGCGAGGAGGAGAACAGCAUCGACUGCGACAUCGUCACCGGGCGCUGUCGCUGCAAAGACGAGUGGCGAGGAAUACGAUGCGAGACCCAAUGUCCACCCGGCCUUUACGGCGCCGACUGCCACAACGAGUGCAACUGCAAGAACAACAGCUCGUGCGAUCCCGAGACCGGCAGCUGUAUCUGCUCGCGCGGCUGGGGCGGUCCCGACUGCUCGCUGCCCUGCAAGAAGGGUUGGUAUGGCAUGCGUUGCAAAGAGAAAUGUCCUGAAAACAGUCACGGCAACAUGACGUGCGACCACGUGACCGGCGCCUACGUCUGUCGUCCGGGCUACCUGGGCCUCACGUGCGAGCAUCCCUGCCCGCCGAAUCGCUACGGCCAGGACUGCGCGCAGGCCUGCGACUGUCGCAACGGCGCCGAGUGCCAUCACGUGACGGGCGUCUGCCAGUGCCUGCCCGGCUGGCAGGGCCGCAGCUGCCAGCAGAGCUGCCCCGAGAACACCUACGGGGUCAAUUGCACGCAGCACUGCAAGUGCCUGAACGGCGGCAAGUGCCGGGCCAACGACGGCCACUGCCGCUGCGCGCCCGGCUGGACCGGCACCCACUGCACCGAAAUUUGCCCCGAGGGAUAUUACGGAGACCACUGCAUGGAAGUGUGCGAGGCGUCGCAGUGUAAGAACGACUUUUUCAUCUGCCACCCGGCCGACGGUUGCAUCUGCAAGCAUGGGUAUCAAGGUCCGAACUGCGACAUCGAGAUAUACUCGCGCAACGUCCAACAAAAAGAGGAGGCCGGCUACGGCAGCGUCGUCGGGGGUAUUUUCGCCGGAAUCGUGGGCAUAGCAAUUUUCUGCGCCGCCUGGAUGUAUCAUCGUCGAAGAGUGGCCAAUCUCAAGAUGGAAAUCGCCCAAGUGCAGUAUAUAGCUGAACCCGUCACGCCUCCAGAUCGUAAUCAAUUCGACAAUCCCGUUUACGCUUAUCAAGGCAAUUCGAGAAACGACGACGGUACCGACGCUCUGUUGAAAAACGUGCAGAUCAGAAACAUCAUCACUCGUAAGAAUACGAAUAACGAGAAGGCCAAGUUUGGAUACGGUUAUCCGCCGGACGACGAAGAAGAUAAUUGCAAGGGUGGCUUCGGCUUGAAUUACAAUCACACUGCGGCGCUGAAGAACCGCGACGCCGACCUCGGCAAUCCCAACCUGAACGUCUAUCACAGCAUCGACGAGCUCGAGAAGCAAAAGUCCGAGCACGUCUACGACGAGAUCAAGCAGAACAACGCCGAUCUCGAGUACGAUCAUCUGGAUUACACGCGCGCCCAGAGCGAUCGCAAGCCCCACUAUCAGCGCAUGGCCAACGGCUUCGGUGGCGGCGCGAGCAGCAGCAGCAGUAGCGGCGCCUCGCCGACGCCACCGCCCAACGGAUCGUUCAAUCGUCAUCAACGUCGGGAGCUGCCACCGGUGUUGUCGUUGUCGUCGCCGACCGUCAUCGUCGGUGUCGAUCCGCAUCGAGGAGCCUCGACCUCGGCAUCGAGUAGUCCCGAUCCGGAGCUUGGCAACGUCACGUAAAUUUAUCCAUGAACAUCGAUACUGUUACGACUAGCUCUCUCUCUCAUUUUCUGUACUCGCGUCCGAUUACGACCGUCCCAGGGGUUUCCAGAUGAUAUACGUUUAUUACGUGUAAUUUAAAAAAAAAACGAUUUAUAUAUUGGGAAAUUUGCGCGGAGCACGUUGGCUUAUAUACGAGCACUUCCUUGUUUCGAUUACAGAAAGCUCGCAUUUUUUUGGGGGGCGUGGAAAAGCUGCUUUACAAUAAGACUGCCGUGCCAUUCAAGCUCUCCUUUUUCCGCUCUAUCUUUAUUCGUUUGACUCAAUCUUUACAACGAAUAAAAUUGCUAAUUGAGUCUACGCGCGAGAAAAAAAUUGCCCCGAGCCGCUUCUUCCCAAGAGCAUUAAUGUUAAAAUCAGUGUAUAAACUGUUGUGUUCAAUGAAACGACACUUCCGAUAAAUUUUAGGUCAGAAAAGCGAUAUUUUUCGAGAAAUACGUAUAAACACAUAUAUAUUAAUAUGAAAUAUUUUGUUAUGCAGUCGACUUGAAUUUAAGUGUUAGUUACGUGAAAAUUAUACUGUUAUUUUUAUAAUGAUAAAGUGAUAUUUAAGAGCUUCAUUAAAAAUGACGAAAGCCUUCGUAAAAUUGUUCAAGUUCAAAGUUUCAAUUCAACAUAUCGAAUGUUCGAAAUGCCUCAAGUAACAAAAUAAAAAUAAUCAAUUUAGGAUUAUUAAAAAAAAUAUUUUUGAAAUAAUUUUAGAUAAAAGUGUAGAUAUAUAAAUAUGAUAUAAAGCUGACACAACUAUAAAUUGCAAAAAGUUGCACGCUAAGAAUCAAUGAUAAAAACGAUAAAGAAAUCAUUGUACUAUUUUUAUGAGUUAAGAAAGUUCAUGUUUUCUAUGUAAGGUAGAACCUUUGUAAUCAAUACGAGUAUUCGUUCAGAGAUUUGUUCUUUCUGUAUAUUUUUAAUUUAUUUGGCAUACCAAUAAGUUUAAUUUAUAUUAUAUCAUGUAGAUACGAUGUAUUUUAA